AUGAAAAUGCUGCUCAUUUUGUUCCUUAUAAUAAUUUGUUCCCAUGUUUCUGUCAACCAACAUUCUGGUCCGGAGUAUGCUGAUGUGGUGUUUCUGGUGGACAGCUCCGACCGCCUGGGAAUUAAGUCCUUCCCAUUUGUGAAGGCCUUCAUCAACAAGAUGAUCAGCAGCCUCCCCAUAGAGGCUGACAAAUACCACGUGGGCCUGGCCCAGUACAGCAACGGGCUCCACGUAGAGUUCCAGCUCAGUGCCUUCAAGAGCAGGGGCCCCAUGUUGAAUCACAUCAAGAAGAACUUCGAGUUCCUGGGGGGCUCCUUGCGAAUUGGGAAUGCUCUCCAGGAGGUCCACAGGGCCUACUUCUCCAGCGGGAGGGACAAGAAACAGUUUCCCCCGAUCCUGGUGGUCCUGGCUUCCGCCGAGUCCGAAGAUGCUGUGGAAGAGGCCGCUGAAACGCUGCGCAAAAAUGGGGUGAGGAUCGUCUCCGUGGGGAUGCAGGGGGCGUCUGAGAAGACCCUGAAGGCCAUGGCCACGGGCCAGUUCCACUACAGCCUCCGGACGGUCAGGGACCUCAGCACGUUCUCCCAGAACAUGACACAGAUUCUCAAGGAUGCAGCUCAAUACAAGGACGGGGCACUCAAUGACGUCCUUGUGGAAGUUUGCCAAGGCCCUUCCGUGGCUGACGUUGUGUUCCUGUUGGAUAUGUCCACCAACAGCAGCUGGGAGGACUUUGACUAUCUUAAAGAAUUCCUGGAAGAAAGCAUAUCUGCUCUGGACAUCAAGGAAAACUGCAUGAGGGUUGGCCUUGUGGCCUAUGCCAAUGAGACGAAGGUGAUUAGCACCCUGAGCAGGGGUGUAAACAAAUCGGAGGUUCUGCAGGACAUCCAGAGCCUUGCUCCCCAGGCCGGGAAGGCCUACACUGGAGCCGCCCUGAGAAAGAUCAGGAAGGAAGUCUUCAGCGUGCAGCACGGCAGUCGGAAGAACCAGGGGGUGCCGCAGAUCGCCGUGCUCGUGACCCACAGCCCAUCCCAGGACAAUGUGACCAAGGCCGCUGUGAACCUCCGGCGCCAGGGGGUGACCGUCUUCACCAUUGGCGUAGAGGGGGCCAGCGACACCCAGCUGGAGAAGAUUGCAUCUCACCCCGCCGAGCAGUAUGUGUCCCAGCUGAAGUCCUUCUCUGACCUGGCUGCCCACAACCAGACGUUUCUGAAGAAGCUGCGGAAUCAGAUCACACACACGGUCUCUGUCAUUUCCGAAAGGACCGAAACCCUCAAAGCCGGUUGUGUGGACACGGAGGAAGCAGACAUCUACCUGCUCAUCGAUGGCUCCGGGAGCACGCAGGCCACAGACUUCCAGGAGAUGAAGACCUUCCUGUCAGAGGUGGCGGGGAUGUUCAACAUCGCUCCCCAAAAGGUGCGGGUAGGGGCUGUCCAGUACGCCGGCCGCUGGGACUUGGAAUUUGAGAUCAGUAAGUACACGAACAAGCACGAUGUCGGGAAGGCCAUUGAGAACAUCAGGCAGAUGGGCGGGAACAGGAACACGGGCGCCGCCCUGAACUUCACCCUGGGGCUGCUGCAGAAGGCAAAGCGGCAGCGGGGAGGCAGAGUGCCCUGCCACCUCAUUGUGCUGACCAACGGCGCGUCCCGGGACAGCGUCUUGGGGCCCGCCAGCAGGCUGAGAGACGAGCUCGUCCACGUCUAUGCCAUCGGGGUCAGAGAGGCCAACCAGACUCAGCUGCGCGAAAUCGCCGGCGAGGAGAAGCAUGUCUACUACGUGCAUGACUUUGAUGCCUUGAAAGACAUAAGAAACCAGGUUGUUCAAGAAAUCUGUGCUGAAGAAGCCUGCAAAGAGAUGAAGGCCGACAUCAUGUUUUUGGUGGACAGUUCUGGCAGUAUAGGACUAGAGAACUUCAUCAAAAUGAAAACAUUUAUGAAAAACCUGGUGAGCAAAUCUCAGAUCAGGGCAGAUGGAGUGCAAAUCGGAGUGGUCCAGUUCAGCAACAUCAAUAAGGAAGAGUUUCAGCUCAACAGAUACACAUCCCAGGGGGAAAUUUCAGAUGCAAUAGACCGAAUGGCUCACAUUGGAGAAACCACCUUGACGGGGAGCGCCCUGACCUUCGUGUCUCAGUACUUCAGCCCUGCCAAGGGAGCCCGGCCCAACGUCAGGAAAUUCCUCAUCCUCAUCACAGAUGGUGAGGCUCAGGACAUAGUCAAGGACCCAGCGAUGGCCCUUCGGGAAGAAGGCAUCAUUAUCUACUCUGUAGGCGUGUUUGGCUCCAACGUCACCCAGCUGGAGGAGAUCAGCGGGAGGCCGGAGAUGGUUUUUUAUGUUGAGAAUUUUGACAUUCUGCAGCACAUUGAGGAUGACCUUGUUUUUGGAAUAUGCAGCCCCCGUGAAGAAUGCAAGCGCAUUGAAGUUUUAGACGUGGUGUUUGUAAUUGACAGCUCUGGCAGCAUUGACCAUGAUGAAUACAACAUCAUGAAGGACUUUAUGAUCGACUUGGUGAAAAAAGCUGAUGUGGGCAAGAAUCAUGUCCGGUUUGGGGCUCUGAAGUACGCGGAUGACCCGGAGGUGCUGUUUUAUCUGGAUAGCCUUGACACCAAAUGGGAGGUGAUCUCGGUGAUCCAGAAUGAUCAGCCCAUGGGGGGCAACACUUAUACCGCUGAGGCCCUGGGCUUCUCAGACCACAUGUUCACCGAAGCCCGGGGCAGCCGUCUGCACAAAGGGGUCCCCCAGGUCCUCAUCGUGAUCACCGAUGGGGAAUCCCACGAUGCCGAUAAGCUCAAUGCUACAGCCAAGGCCUUGCGGGACAAGGGCAUCCUUGUCCUGGCCGUGGGCAUCGCCGGCGCCAACCCCGUGGAGCUGCUGGCCAUGGCAGGAUCGAGUGACAAGUACUUCUUCGUGGAAACUUUUGGCGGUCUGAAGGGGAUAUUUUCAGAUGUGUCUGCCAGCGUAUGUAACUCUUCAAAAGUAGACUGUGAAAUUGAAAAAGUCGAUCUUGUGUUCCUCAUGGAUGGCUCGAAUAGCAUUCAUCCAGACGACUUUAGGAAGAUGAAGGAAUUCUUGGCGUCUGUCAUUCAAGACUUCGAUGUCAGUAACAACAGAGUGCGUAUAGGAGCAGCCCAGUUCAGCCACACCUACCGGCCGGAGUUCCCCCUGGGAAGGUUCCUCAGCAAAAGGGAGAUCUCCUUUCAGAUUGAAAACAUCCAGCAGAUCUUCGGAUACACCCACAUCGGCGCCGCCCUCCGGCAGGUGGGGCACUACUUCCGGCCGGACAUGGGCAGCCGGAUCCACGCAGGCACCCCCCAGGUGCUGCUGGUCCUCACGGACGGCCAGUCCCAAGACGAGGUGGCUCAGGCCGCCGAAGAGCUGAGACACAGAGGCGUCGACAUUUACUCCGUGGGCGUCGGGGAUGUGGAUGACCAGCAGCUCGUUCAGAUCACCGGGACCGCCGAGAAGAAGCUGACAGUUCACAACUUUGACGAGCUGAAGAAGGUCAAGAAGAGGAUUGUUCGUAACAUCUGUACCUCCGGGGGAGACAGCAAUUGCUUUGUGGACGUUGUGGUGGGAUUUGACAUCUCAACUCAGCAGAAUGGGCAGACUUUGCUCGAAGGCCAGUCCUGGAUGGAAACCUAUCUUCAAGACGUCUUACGUGCCAUCAGCUCCCUCAAUGGGGUAAGCUGUGAGGUGGGCACGGAGACUCAGGUUAGUGUGGCUUUUCAAGUGACCAAUGCUGCAGGAAAAUAUUCCCCCAAGUUUGAGAUCUACAGUGAAAACAUACUGAACAGCUUGCAGGAUAUAACAGUUAAAGGACCAUCUCUUCUCAACGCAAACCACUUGGGUUCUCUGUGGGAUGCAUUUCAGAAUAAGUCAGCAGCUCGGGGAAAGGUGGCCCUCUUAUUUUCAGAUGGAUUGGAUGAUGAUGUUGAAAAACUUGAACAAAAAUCUGAUGAACUUAGAAAAGAAGGCCUGAACGCCCUCAUCACUGUUGCUCUGGAUGGACCCACCAGUUCCAGCGACCUGGCUGAUCUUCUGUACAUUGAAUUUGGGAAAGGAUUUGAGUACAAGACACAGCUCACUCUUGGGAUGAGGGAUCUUGGGAGCCAAUUGUCAAAGCACCUGGUCAAUGUUGCGGAAAGGACGUGCUGCUGUUUAUUCUGCAAGUGCAUUGGAGGAGAUGGCGCAAGGGGAGACCCUGGACCAGCAGGGAAAACGGGACUUCCAGGUUUUAAAGGCAGUGAAGGCUACUUGGGAGAGGAGGGCACUGCUGGAGAAAGAGGAGCCAGUGGACCUGUGGGGGAACAAGGUACUAAAGGAUGCUUCGGUGCCAAAGGCCCUAAGGGAAGCAGGGGACUAAAUGGACAGGAGGGAGAAGUUGGGGAAAGUGGAAUUGAUGGGUUAAAUGGAGAACAGGGUGAAAAGGGUCUUCCUGGAACAAAAGGAGAGAAAGGCAAUGAAGGAGCCCAGGGAAUCCCAGGAGAGAGAGGAAUUUCUGGGGACCGUGGAGCAAAGGGCUUGCGUGGAGACCCAGGAGUUCCUGGAUUUGACAAUAGCGUAGAGGGACCCAAGGGCUUGAAAGGAGAACUUGGAAGACAGGGAAGAAGAGGCUGGCCAGGCCCCCCUGGAAUUCCCGGCUCCAGAAGGAAGACAGCAGCUCAUGGCCAAAGGGGACCUACAGGCCCACAGGGGAAACCGGGCAUCCCAGGUCCAGAUGGACUUGCAGGGUCACUGGGACUUAAGGGUCCUCAGGGUCCGAGAGGAGAAGCUGGUAUGAAAGGAGAAAAAGGAAAUCUGGGAAGUAAAGGUCCCCAGGGGCUUCCAGGAGCAGCAGGAGAGGCAGGGAAUCAAGGCCAUUUGGGAAGCCAAGGAAAUAAAGGAGAACCUGGCGAUCUGGGGACAAAGGGAGCCACUGGCCUUCGGGGUCCUCGAGGCUUGCCGGGUGGUGAUGGCAACCCAGGUUAUGGUAGUGUUGGAAGUAAAGGAGCAAAGGGGCAAGAAGGAUUCCCUGGAGAAAUCGGACCUAAGGGUGAGGUCGGGGACCCCGGUGGCCCAGGAGAAACUGGACCCAAGGGCGCUAGAGGCAAGACGGUAUCUGCUGGGCUUCCGGGAGAACCAGGAUCCCCUGGGGAGCUGGGACCUCCUGGGCGCAAGGGUGUGAAAGGAGCCAAAGGAUUGGCUUCAUUCUCUACAUGUGAGCUCAUCCAGUAUGUGCGGGACCAUAGUCGAGCGCCUCAGUGCCCCGUGUACCCCACGGAGCUGGUGUUCGCGCUGGACCAGUCGCGGAGCGUCACAGAGCCCGAGUUUGCGCGGAUGAAGGCGAUGAUGUCCUCCCUGCUCAGCGGCCUCCGGGUCCGCGAGGACCACUGCUCCGCAGGCGCGCGCGUGGCCGUGCUCGCCUAUGACUCCCACGCCAGGCUCCUCAUCCGCUUCUCCGACACCUACAGGAAGGACAGACUCCUCCGAGAGAUCGAGGCCCUCCCUUACGAGCGCUCCACGGCCAGCAGGGACAUCGGCAAGGCCAUGAGGUUUGUCUCCAGGCACGUCUUCAAGCGGAUGCUCCCGGGGUCUCACGCCAGAAGAAUCGCCACCUUCUUCAGUGGCGGCCCAUCCGUGGACCCCCAGACCAUCACCACCGCCGGCCUGGAGUUCAGCGCCCUGGACAUCAUCCCGGUGGUGAUCGCCUUCAAUCAGGUGCCCGCGGUGCGGCGAUCGUUUGUGAUUGACGACACAGGCAGAUUCCAAGUCAUCAUUAUCCCAUCCGGAGCUGACUCCGUACCAGCACUCGAGGGACUCCAGCGGUGUACUUUCUGCUACGAUGUGUGCAAGCUGGAUGCUUCUUGCCAUCAAGCCAGACCAGCCCUUGUGCAAUCUUAUGUGGACGCUGCUUUCCUUCUGGACGGCUCCCGGCACGUGGGAAGUGCAGAAUUUGAAGACAUACGGGGAUUCUUAGGAGCACUGUUAGAUCACUUCGAAAUCACCCCAGAGCCUGAGACCUCUGUCACCGGAGACCGGGUGGCCCUAUUAAGCCUCAGUCCCCCUCACUUCCUACCCAACACUCAGAGGAGCCCUGUUAAAAGCGAAUUCAACCUGACCACCUACAAGAGUAAGCGCCUCAUGAAGAGACACGUGGAGGACUCCGUUCAGCCACUAGAUGGAGAUGCUUUUAUUGGUCAUGCCUUACAGUGGACUCUGGACAAUGUCUUCUCAAGGGCACCCAAUCUGAGAAGAAACAAAGUCAUUUUUGUGAUAUCUGCUGGGGAAACCAGCCACUUGGACAGGGAAACCUUAAAGAAAGAAUCCCUGAGGGCCAAGUGUCAAGGUUAUGUCCUGUUUGUGUUUUCCCUUGGGCCUUCUUGGAAUGACCAAGAACUGGAAGAUCUAGCCAGCUACCCUUUGGAUCACCACUUGGUCCAGCUUGGCCGCAUUCAUAAGCCUGACCACAGAUACGGUGUGAAGUUUGUGAAGGCUUUUAUAAGCUCAGUCAGGCGUGCAAUCAACAAAUAUCCACCAAUAAAUAUCAAAGCAAAGUGCAACAGACUCAGUUCUACGGAUCCACAGCAGCCCCCACUACAGUUUGUGCGAAGCUUUGUUCCUGGGCCACACAGAGCUACCCUCAAAGAAGAUGCAUUGAAGAAGGCAAAGUUCUUUCAACACAAAAAAUACUUUUCAAGAAUAGCAGGAGGCAGCAGAGAUGAUACUAUUCAAAAUUUUACCAGAAACAUAUUCCAUGUCUUUGAAAAUGGAAAAAGGGUGAUAAAAGCUGCUCCCAAACAACAUGAUAAAGGAAGCGCUCAGAGAGUUUAA